GCCGACUCCGCCGCGGCGGCCUCUAGGGUUUCCCGUCUCGAUCCGCUUCGAUCCGGUUCUGAUCUAGGGUUUUGGUCCCCUUCUCGCAGGACGAUAUACAACAUGUGCACGCAGAAGCCGCCGCACGACUACUCGCAGCAGCUCUACGACAAGUACCGCGAGUCCUUCGAGGAGUACAUCACCUCCAUGGUACUGCCUUCUCUAAGGGAGAAGCAUGAUGAGUUUAUGUUGAGGGAGCUAGUGCAGAGGUGGUCAAACCAUAAAGUCAUGGUUCGGUGGCUCUCACGUUUCUUUCAUUACCUUGAUCGGUACUUCAUCUCAAGGAGGUCACUCACCCCACUUAAAGAAGUUGGGCUUACUUGCUUCCGAGAGUUGAUUUAUCAAGAGAUUAAAGGACAAGUAAAAGAUGCAGUGAUAGCUCUGAUAGACAAAGAGCGUGAGGGUGAACAGAUUGACAGGGCUUUGUUGAAGAAUGUUUUGGACAUAUUUGUUGAAAUUGGGUUGGGUCAAAUGGAUUGUUACGAGAAUGACUUUGAAGAUUUCUUGCUUAAGGAUACUACGGAGUACUACUCUGUCAAGGCUCAAAGCUGGAUUCUUGAGGACUCCUGUCCAGAUUAUAUGAUCAAGGCUGAGGAGUGUUUGAAGCGGGAGAAGGAGCGAGUUGGUCACUAUUUGCAUAUUAGCAGUGAACAGAAAUUAUUGGAGAAAGUGCAAAAUGAAUUGCUUGCUCAAUAUGCAACUCCGCUGUUGGAGAAGGAGCAUUCUGGAUGUUCUGCUUUGCUUCGUGAUGACAAGGUUGAGGAUCUUUCUAGGAUGUACAGGCUCUUCUCCAAAAUCACCCGUGGCCUGGAGCCUAUUUCUAACAUGUUCAAAACGCAUGUUACAAAUGAGGGUACAGCCUUGGUCAAGCAAGCAGAAGAUUCUGCUAGUAACAAGAAGCCAGAGAAGAAGGAUACGGUUGGCAUGCAGGAACAGGUUUUUGUGUGGAAAAUCAUCGAGUUGCAUGAUAAAUAUGUGGCUUAUGUGACGGAUUGUUUCCAGGGCCAUACACUCUUCCAUAAGGCACUUAAAGAAGCCUUUGAGGUCUUCUGUAACAAGGGUGUCUCUGGCAGUUCGAGUGCUGAAUUGCUGGCUACUUUCUGCGACAAUAUUCUGAAGAAAGGCUGCAGUGAAAAGCUCAGUGAUGAAGCCAUUGAAGAUGCCCUUGAGAAGGUGGUGAGAUUGCUGGCAUACAUUAGUGAUAAAGAUCUUUUUGCCGAGUUCUAUAGGAAGAAACUUGCAAGAAGAUUGCUUUUCGACAAAAGUGCUAAUGAUGAACAUGAGAGAAGCAUCCUGACAAAGCUCAAACAACAGUGUGGGGGCCAGUUUACUUCAAAAAUGGAGGGCAUGGUUACGGACCUUACUGUCGCUAGAGAUCAUCAAACUAAGUUUGAAGAGUUUGUAGCUGGACAUCCGGAGUUGAAUCCUGGAAUAGAUUUGGCUGUUACUGUUUUGACAACAGGAUUCUGGCCAAGCUACAAAACUUUUGAUAUUAACCUUCCUGCUGAGAUGGUCAAAUGUGUGGAGGUUUUCAAGGAGUUCUACCAAACAAGAACAAAGCACAGGAAGCUUACCUGGAUUUAUUCCUUGGGAACCUGUAACAUCAAUGCUAAGUUUGAUUUGAAGCCUAUUGAACUCAUUGUUACGACAUAUCAGGCUGCAUUGCUACUGCUAUUCAAUGGAUCUGACAGGCUUAGUUAUUCUGAGAUUGUAACACAACUAAACCUGUCAGAUGAUGAUGUAGUGCGCUUGCUCCAUUCGCUCUCUUGUGCGAAGUACAAGAUUCUUAACAAAGAACCAGCAAAUAGGUCCAUCUCCCCCAACGAUGUUUUCGAGUUCAAUUCAAAAUUCACUGACAGAAUGAGAAGAAUUAAGAUUCCCCUCCCGCCUGUUGAUGAGAAGAAAAAGGUUGUUGAAGAUGUUGACAAAGACAGGAGGUAUGCAAUUGACGCUUCAAUUGUGCGCAUUAUGAAGAGCCGCAAAGUUAUGGGUCAUCAACAGCUUGUCGCGGAAUGUGUUGAGCAGCUCAGCCGCAUGUUCAAGCCUGACUUCAAAGCGAUCAAGAAGAGGAUUGAGGAUCUCAUCACGAGGGACUACUUGGAGCGCGACAAGGACAAUGCGAACAUGUACAAAUACCUGGCUUGAUUGGUGGUUGUUGGCAAGUCAAAACAAGCUUCCAGACUUGCGCAAUACCACGGGGUGGCAGCUCCUGCAGUGUCGUGGUGCCUCAACAACUUUUGCCAUGAUUUGCAGCACCUUUUGGACAUUUCCGUGCGUGCAGCCUAUCCACCCAGCCACAGCACGGGCUGGCCGCAUUUUGUACAUUCGUCGCCUAAUAGGAUAAUCGUGUUGACAUACACUAGAUAUAUGGUGAUUCGAGGACAGGAGAGGCACUCCGGUACCGUCAACCGUGCCUUUUAUGCCAUGCUUAUACUACCCUUCGUCAGAUAACUGAGAUGAUGCUUGCAAGUGUUUUGCUCUAUGAAAUGGUGGUUACUUAGUUCGGUCUUA